GAGAGCCUUAGUAGACUGGAACGCUGGACGGCGCUUCUGUCGUUGUUCUCUUUCAGUGGCGGCUCCUACCUGUUGUUGCCCACUGCGUCAUUGGAGAUACACCUUGGAAGGGAACCCGCCCGCCCCUACGUCACCACUAAUUAACGGGCUGGAGCCGCCUGCAGUGCCCAUUCGAGUUACCAGGGGUUCGCCAAAGCUCCCACCGCCAAUUUAGACGACGACCGCCCCUCAACCUCCAACCUCCAACAUCCAACCUUCAACCUCCAACUCCAACUCCAGAGCUACGGCGUGUCCAUCACCCUCGACACCUCCGGCCCCCUUUCCCCCGCUGCCACGUCGCUGGGCCGGCCCACAGACGAACAUCAUGGCGUCCUUCCGCCUGACCAUCGAGGACGGCCAGUUCCGCGACAGCCACGGCCGCCAGGUCGUCCUGCGUGGCAUCAACGUCGCCGGCGACGCCAAGCUGCCCAGCGAGCCCGACCAGCCCUCGCACGUCGGCGACGACUUCUUCGACGGCGACAACGUCACCUUUCAUAAGCGGCCGUUUUCCAAAGACGAUGCGCCCACGCACUUUGCCAGGCUGCGCCGCUACGGCUUCAACACCAUCCGCUACGUCUUCACCUGGGAGGCCAUCGAGGCGGCGGGCCCUGGCAUCUACGACGAGGCGUGGAUCCAGCACACCAUCGACGUCCUGCGCGUCGCAAAGUCGUACGGCUUCUACGUCUUCAUGGAUCCGCACCAGGACGUCUGGUCGCGCUUCACCGGCGGCUCCGGCGCCCCCAUGUGGACCAUCUACGCCUGCGGCAUGAACCCCCAGAGCUUUGCCGCCACCGAGGCCGCCCUUGUCCAGAACACGUAUCCCGACCCCGACACGUUCCCCAAGAUGAUUUGGUCUACAAACUACUUCCGCCUCGCCGCCGGUACCAUGUUCACAAUGUUCUUUGCCGGCAAGGACUUUGCGCCCAAUUGCGUCAUCGACGGCGUCAACAUCCAGGACUACCUCCAGAGCCACUUCGUCGACGCAUGCGGCCAGCUCGCCAAGCGCAUACACGAGGCCGGCGACCUCGAGGGCACUGUCGUCAUGGGGUGGGAGAGCAUGAACGAGCCGAACCGCGGCAUGAUCGGCUAUGUCGACCUGAGCGUCAUCCCCAAGGAACACCCGCUGAAGAAGGGCACAUGCCCCACCAUGUGGCAGACGUUCCUCACCGGCAUGGGCAGGGCCUGCGAGAUCGACACUUGGGAAAUGGGCGGCUUGGGCCCGUACAAGACGGGCACCACGCUCAUCGACCCCCACGGCGAGAUUGCAUGGCUUCCCGAGGGCUACGACGACUCCAAGUACGGCUGGAAGCGUGACCCCGCCUGGAGGCUCGGCGAGUGCGUAUGGGCGCAGCACGGUGUAUGGGAUCCCGAGACGGAUACGUUGCUGAGAAAGGACUAUUUUCAAAAGAACCCGCAAACCGGAAAGGCCAUCGACUACCCCGAGUUCAACAACACGUACUUUAUGGACUUUUACAGGAGGUACCGCGACACGUGUCGCAAGCACCACAAGGAUUGCAUCAUGCUCUUGCAGUACCCGACGCUGGAGCUGCCGCCUCAGAUCAAGGGCACCGCAGAUGACGAGCCGCUGAUGGCGUUUACGCCGCACUUUUACGACGGCAUCACUCUCAUGACGAAGCAUUGGAACAGCACAUGGAACGUCGACGUUGUUGGUGUGCUCCGGGGAAAGUACCUGCAUCCUGCCUUUGCCAUCAAAAUUGGCGAGACUGCCAUUCGCAAUUGUCUCAAGGACCAGCUGGCCACGCUGCGACAGGAAGGCAUCGACCGGACCGGCAAACACCCCUGCAUACUGACCGAGUUUGGCAUCCCGUACGACAUGGAUGACAAGAAGGCAUACAAGACGGGCGACUACACGAGUCAGUCGGCGGCACUCGAUGCCAACUACUUUGGCGUCGAGGGCUCGCAAAUAGAAGGACACUGCCUGUGGGUGUACAACACCAACAACGACCACGAGCGCGGCGACCAGUGGAACGGCGAAGACCUGUCCAUCUUGUCCCUCGACGAUAAGCUCCCGCCGCUGUCGUUCCUCCCCAAGACCUCCCUGCCAAACCAGUCGGCCACGAGCCUCUUGAAGCUCUCCGCCAUGAAUAGGGAAGGCGGCGGCGACGAUGAGGCCGUCACCCCAGGCAAUCUCCAGCGGACGCUCACCAAUCCAUCCAUCAGCUCCACGCCCUCGCUCAAGGACCCCGAGCUGACCAACGCUCCCGGUUACCGCGCCGCCGAGGCAUUCAUCCGGCCCACCCCCACGGUCGUCUCCGGCGACGUCCUCGCCACGGGCUUUGACCUGCGCAAGUGCACCUACAGCCUCAAAGUUAAGGCCGCCAAGCCCGCCGACAACGACGCGCCGACGGUGGUGUUCCUGCCCGAAUUCCACUUCCCCAAGGACCAGGCCGAGGUGACCGUCUCGGCGGGCAAGUGGGAGCUCAGCGCCGACGAGGACGAGGGCCCGCUGCUGCAGUGGCUGCGCUGGUGGCACCCGGAGGGCGAGCACACGCUCAACGUGCGCGGCGUGGUUAGGAAGCACAACGUCCCCGAAGGCUCGGCCGAGGAGGCCGGGUACCUGGAGCAGUGCCAGGAGGGGUACGGGUUCAACUUUGGGAGCUGCUCCGUCAUGUGAGGCACUGCCUGCCCCGCUUUGUCUCGCCUCGUCUUGUCUCGUCUCGUUGUUCCCAUGCCCCCAUGUCUCUGCCGGAAGGAGGUGGAUGUAUGGUUCUUUUGCCAGCGUUGUUUUUUUGCGAGGGUUUCUCCGCCGGUGGGACUCUUUGAGGCACGGAGUUUUGGGCGACGUGCUUCCGCAUACACUGUUUCAAGCAUUGACGCAGCAGGGCCGAAGUAGGGUCAUGGAACAUGUAAAGUUCGCAUAAAGGAAUGCUUUAGAUAUCUCUUCCUUCUUUUGUAGUAAGGAGCUCCCGCGUGAAGCCACACUCCCUCCCUCACGUCAAGGUUAUUUAUCCCUCACGAUACGCCCCUGCUUUUUGCCCGCUGUCCC